AUGUUUGAAAAUUUCAAGAAUUCUGCAGAAAGAUUGGAUAAACCAUCACCAUACCUCAUAAGGAAAGCUAGAAAUAAUCAUGGAGAAUUGGAAAGAGCAAUGAAUUCAAAAACAAUUUAUGUUGGUAAUUUAUCUCACUUUACAACUGAAGAACAGAUACAUGAACUAUUUUCAAAAUGCGGUGCAAUAGACAAGAUAAUUAUGGGCCUUGACAGAAAUAAACUAACACCAUGCGGAUUUUGCUUUGUUAUUUAUAAAUAUGAACAAGAAUCUUUAAAUGCUAUGAAAUUUUUACAAUCAACAAUUCUUGAUAGUCAACAACUAAGUAUUGAUUUGGAUCCAGGGUUCCGAGAAGGACGACAGUUUGGAAGAGGUAAACAUGGUGGUCAAGCUAGUCAAGAAAUUAAUGAUAGAGGUGGGUUUAGAGGUUUUAGAGGUGGUUUUAGGUCAAGAGGUAGGGGAUUUAGAGGAAGAGGCAGAGGAUUUAGAGGUGGAUUCAAUCAAACUCAAACUCAAGUAUAUAUACCUUCAAGAGAUCCUACAUUCAAUGGUUAA